GAAGGCCGCUGGCGCGGCAGAAAGUAGGGGCGGAGUCCGGCCGCAGAGUGGACUCCAAUUCCCAGCGACUCUGCGUGCGGGACGCGUGCGCAGUGUCACGGCGGCGAGCGGAAGAUGGCGGCGGCGGCGUCUGGGAAGAGGCGCUGCUGAGGGGGCGCGAGGGGGACGGAGGCCCGAGCCGUGGGAGUACUGGACAGCAGCCAUGGCAGGAAGCAGUGGGGACAGCGUCACUCGCCGGAGUGUGGCAUCACAGUUCUUCACCCAAGAGGAGGGACCGGGAAUCGAUGGCAUGACCACCUCGGAGAGAGUAGUGGAUCUCCUGAACCAGGCAGCACUGAUCACCAAUGAUUCGAAGAUCACAGUGCUCAAACAGGUCCAGGAACUGAUCAUUAACAAAGAUCCCACACUGCUGGACAACUUCUUGGACGAGAUCAUCGCUUUCCAAGCAGACAAGUCGAUUGAAGUGCGAAAAUUUGUCAUCGGCUUCAUCGAGGAGGCAUGCAAGCGAGACAUUGAGUUGCUGCUGAAACUGAUUGCAAACCUCAACAUGCUCUUGAGAGACGAGAAUGUGAACGUGGUGAAGAAGGCCAUCCUCACCAUGACCCAGCUCUACAAGGUGGCCCUGCAGUGGAUGGUGAAGUCCCGGGUGAUCAGCGAGCUCCAGGAGGCCUGCUGGGACAUGGUGUCUGCCAUGGCUGGGGACAUCAUCCUGCUCUUGGACUCUGACAAUGACGGCAUCCGUACCCACGCCAUCAAGUUUGUGGAGGGCCUUAUCGUCACCCUGUCGCCCCGCAUGGCUGACUCGGAGGUGCCUCGACGCCAGGAGCAUGACAUCAGCCUGGACCGCAUCCCUCGUGACCAUCCCUACAUCCAGUACAAUGUGCUAUGGGAAGAGGGCAAGGCAGCCUUGGAGCAGCUGCUCAAGUUCAUGGUGCACCCCGCUAUCUCCUCCAUCAACCUGACCACGGCCCUGGGCUCCCUCGCCAACAUUGCCCGCCAGAGGCCCAUGUUCAUGUCCGAGGUGAUUCAGGCCUACGAAACCCUGCACGCCAACCUGCCCCCAACUCUGGCCAAAUCUCAGGUGAGCAGUGUGCGUAAGAACCUCAAGUUGCACCUGUUGAGUGUGCUGAAGCACCCAGCCUCCUUGGAGUUCCAGGCUCAGAUCACCACCCUGCUGGUAGACCUGGGCACGCCUCAGGCGGAGAUCGCCCGCAACAUGCCCAGCAGCAAGGACGCUCGCAAGCGGCCCCGAGAUGACUCGGAUUCCACGCUCAAGAAGAUGAAGCUGGAGCCCAACCUGGGAGAAGACGACGAGGACAAGGACUUGGAGCCGGGCCCCUCAGGGACCUCGAAGGCCUCAGCGCAGAUCUCAGGCCAGUCAGAUACAGAUAUCACAGCCGAUUUCCUACAGCCUCUGCUGACACCUGACAACGUGGCUAAUCUGGUCCUCAUCAGCAUGGUGUACCUGCCUGAGGCCAUGCCCGCUUCCUUCCAAGCCAUCUACACCCCAGUGGAGUCAGCAGGCACUGAAGCCCAGAUCAAGCACCUGGCUCGACUCAUGGCCACACAGAUGACAGCUGCAGGACUAGGGCCAGGCGUGGAGCAGACCAAACAGUGCAAGGAGGAGCCCAAGGAGGAGAAGGUGGUGAAGCCGGAGAGUGUCCUGAUCAAGCGGCGCCUCUCAGCCCAGGGCCAGGCCAUCUCAGUCGUGGGCUCCCUGAGCUCCAUGUCCACCCUGGAGGAGGAGGCACCCCAGGCCAAGAGGAGGCCAGAGCCCAUCAUCCCUGUCACGCAGCCCCGGCUGGCGGGUGCUGGUGGGCGCAAGAAAAUCUUCCGCCUGUGUGAUGUGCUGAAGCCCUUGACGGAUGCCCAGGUUGAGGCCAUGAAGCUGGGUGCUGUGAAGCGGAUCCUGCGGGCUGAGAAGGCCGUGGCCUGCAGCGGGGCGGCCCAGGUGCGCAUCAAGAUCCUGGCCAGCCUGGUGACCCAGUUUGACUCGGGCCUGAAGGCCGAGGUCCUGUCCUUCAUCCUGGAGGAUGUACGGGCCCGCCUGGACCUGGCCUUCGCCUGGCUCUACCAGGAGUACAAUGCCUACCUAGCAGCCGGUGCUGCGGGCACCCUGGACAAGUAUGAGGACUGCCUUAUCCGCCUGCUCUCCGGCCUGCAGGAGAAGCCAGACCAGAAGGAUGGGAUCUUCACCAAGGUCGUGCUGGAGGCGCCACUCAUCACGGAGAGUGCCCUGGAGGUGAUUCGCAAGUACUGUGAGGAUGAGAGCCGCACCUACCUGGGCAUGUCCACUCUUCGAGACCUGAUCUUCAAGCGCCCAUCCCGUCAGUUCCAGUACCUGCACGUCCUGCUAGACCUCAGCUCGCAUGAGAAGGACAAGGUACGUUCCCAAGCCUUGCUGUUCAUCAAGCGCAUGUACGAGAAGGAGCAGCUGCGAGAGUAUGUGGAGAAGUUUGCCCUCAACUACCUGCAGCUCUUGGUCCACCCCAACCCACCAUCUGUGCUGUUUGGAGCCGACAAAGACACAGAGGUGGCAGCGCCCUGGACCGAGGAGACAGUAAAGCAGUGUUUGUACCUCUACCUGGCUCUCCUGCCUCAGAACCACAAGCUCAUCCACGAGCUGGCAGCCGUAUACACGGAGGCCAUCGCCGACAUCAAGAGGACUGUGCUAAGGGUCAUCGAACAGCCGAUCCGAGGAAUGGGCAUGAACUCGCCAGAGCUGCUCCUGCUGGUGGAAAACUGUCCCAAGGGGGCAGAGACGCUGGUCACACGAUGUCUGCACAGCCUCACAGACAAAGUCCCACCCUCCCCAGAGCUGGUGAAGCGGGUCCGGGAUCUCUACCACAAGCGACUGCCCGACGUCCGCUUCCUCAUCCCUGUGCUUAAUGGGCUGGAAAAGAAAGAAGUGAUCCAGGCCCUGCCAAAGCUCAUCAAACUCAACCCCAUAGUGGUGAAAGAGGUCUUCAACCGCCUGCUGGGCACGCAGCAUGGUGAAGGGAACUCGGCCUUGUCCCCCCUGAACCCAGGAGAACUUCUCAUCGCAUUACACAACAUCGACUCGGCGAAGUGUGACAUGAAGUCCAUCAUCAAAGCCACCAACCUGUGCUUUGCGGAGCGGAACGUGUACACGUCGGAGGUGCUGGCCGUGGUGAUGCAGCAGCUGAUGGAGCAGAGUCCCCUGCCCAUGCUGCUCAUGAGGACCGUCAUCCAGUCCCUGACCAUGUACCCCCGCCUGGGGGGCUUCGUCAUGAACAUCCUGUCCCGCCUCAUCAUGAAGCAGGUGUGGAAGUAUCCCAAGGUAUGGGAGGGCUUCAUCAAGUGCUGUCAACGCACCAAGCCCCAGAGCUUCCAGGUCAUCCUGCAGCUCCCACCCCAGCAGUUGGGUGCCGUCUUUGACAAGUGCCCCGAGCUCCGGGAGCCCCUUCUGGCUCAUGUCCGCUCCUUCACCCCCCACCAGCAAGCACACAUCCCCAACUCCAUCAUGACCAUUCUGGAAGCCAGCGGCAAGCAGGAGCCAGAGACUAAGGAAGCGCCUGCCGGGCCCCUGGAAGAGGACGACUUAGAGCCCCUGGCCCUGGCACCGCCCCCGGCCCCCCGACCCCCUCAAGACCUCAUCGGCCUGCGGCUGGCCCAGGAGAAGGCCUUAAAGCGGCAGCUGGAGGAGGAACAGAAACUGAAGCCUGGGGGAGUGGGAGCCCCCUCCUCGUCAUCAUCCUCUUCCUCGGCCCGGCCAGGCCCUCCCCAGCCAGAGGAAGCCAUUGACUUCCGGGAGGAGGGCCCGGAGUGCGAGACCCCAGCCAUCUUCAUCAGCAUGGAUGACGAUUCGGGGCUGACCGAGGCUGCGCUGCUGGACUCUAGUCUUGAGGGACCCCUGCCUAAGGAAGCCGCCAUUGGAUUGAUUUCAAAGGAGGAGCGGAGCCCCCAGACCCUCACCCCUGCCCUAGAAGACAUCGUUAAGACCCCCAGCCCCGCCGCCGAGGAAGCCGGGGAACCGGAGACCAAGGGGAACAGCUGACCAAGGGGAAGGGCUUGGUGGGGAGGGGGAGGGGGAGUGGGACUGGGAGCUCAGGAAGGGCGGCGGGGCGGGGCUUGGCCAGCCGGGCUUUGCCUCGAAAAAUUAAAAAAGGAAGAUCGCUGGUUUGGGCAUGGGUGCAGGCCCUGUCUCUGCCGUCAGGUCAGCUGUGGGACUGCAGCAGCUCGUGGGCGCGCCCAGGAGCCUCCUGCAAGAAGGGAGGCCGCGCAGGCCUGGGACUGCGCCUGCGCAGAGGGCCGCUCCUCGCCCCGCUUCCCCGCGCGCCCUCCCCUGGUAACCGCCCGCCCCUCCCUCCUUGGCAACCGGCGUCUCUGCGGCUGUCAGGGUCGGAGGUACACCUAUACGGCGGGCGACUGGUCUGGCCUAGCUGCGGGCCUUCCUCCCAGAGGUCCACGGUCCCGUUUAAACUAUGGGGGACCCACCCCCCGACCCCGAGCCCCCGCCCCAGCCAAGCUCCAGCCAUCGGGAUUCUCAGGUCUCCGAGCAGCGGCGGCGACGCAGUCGGGAACCCUCUAGGCCCUCAGCCUCAGAUGAGGUGCAGCAGAUACCGCUUGACACGCGGAUCCUGCGCAGCAGUCAGGAGAUCCCGUCGAACCCGAUGAACCUCCAGGGCUGGUCACAAGGGGCCAGCCUGCCUCCAAAUGAGAACGCCUUGUUCCAGGCUGAGGAAGCCCAGCUGGGCGAAGUAGAGUACCUUUCCCCAAAUACGGGCUUCCCCUCCGAGGAACAGCCCCGCACUUACCCGAGUGAAGACGGGCUCUGGGCUCACAACGCCAGUCUAAUGCUGCAGCAGCUACGUCAGGGCAAAGGCAGCCUCUUCCAGCAAGUGGAGGCUGCCUAUCAGGAGCCUCGGGCUGACCUCUUGGGCCAGUUCACCAUGUACCAGAGAGAAGACCUGCAGUUCAGCCAGGGUGCCCAGCAUGGGCCCUACAUCAGGGAUGACCCUGCCCUCCAGUUCUCCCCCUCUGAGCUGGGAUUCAUGCCCUUCAACAUAGAGGCGCCUGAGCCGGAACCUCGGGAGCUGGCUGUGCAGAACGCCAAGGCCUACCUGCUGCAGACCAGCAUCAAAUGUGACCUCAGCCUGUGAGAGUGGGGCCCUGGAGUGGGGAGGGGAUUGGACCCAGGUAGGGAGAGGCCCCAGCCAAGGCCCUUCCUCAGGUCUGGGGUCUCCUCAGUAAGGGGAGAACCAGCGACUACUCUGGAGGCAUCUGACUCAGACUAGAAGUCAGGCCGUAAAUACUAAAAGCCAGCAUUUACUUAGCAGACAUUGUGCCACCACUUCACACAUCAACAUCUGGUUCUCGCAGCUGAGAUCAGUGCAUCUUCUAUUCCCAUUUUGCAUGAGAGGAAAUUGAGAGAAAUUAGGUCCUGUAUCCAAAAUAACACAGCUAGGAUGUGACAGAGCCAGGAUUUCAGCACAAGCGAUUUGACUCCUGAGGCCCUGUUGUCUGUUUGCCAAGGUCACUUAUCUGAAGUCAUAACACCCUUCUCGACACCCCAUCACAUCCUCAUGACGCUGACUCUGUAGUGGGCGAGUAGACUAUAUAUAGUAAAUUAUAAGGUUAUGAUAAGAGCUAAGGUGAGCAACAAGGCAGAGUACUGAGGAUAGGGCGAGCGGGUUACGUGGUGUGAGGUCAGGGAGGGCCUCUCGCAGAUAAUGACAUUUGAUCAGGGGCCUGAGGGUGGUGAGGGAGCACACCUUGCAGGUAACUGGAGGAAGAGUCUGGGGUAUGGAACACAGCGAGCAUAAAGGCUUCAAAACUUGUGUUUGAGGGACAGCAAGGAGGCUGGUGCGACUGGAACCAAGGGAGGAAGAGGGUGUGAGAGAAGAUGAGUUUGGGAAGUAACAGGUCUCACUGAACCAAAACACUGACCCCUAUCCCUCCUGUGCUCAGAGCCUGCCAUGGCUCACCAGUGCCCUCAGGAGAAGAAGGUUCAUUCUUCUCUUACAGGCCCUAUAGAAUUCAACCCCAGAGUUCCGUCGUGGUGCAGCGGAAACGAAUCCAACUGGAAACAGUGAGGUUUUGGGUUCGAUCCCUGGCCUCGCUCAGUGGGUUAAGGAUCAAGCGUUGACAUGAACUGUGGUAUAGGUAACAGACAUGGCUUGGAUCCCACAUUGCUGUGGCUCUGGUGCAGGCCAGCGCUACAGCUCUGAUUGAACCCCUAGCCCGGGAACCUUUCCAUAUGCCUUGGGUGCGGCCCUAAAAAGCAAAAAAAAAAAAAAAAAAAAACAAGAAUUCAACCUCUUCUCCCUCUCCAAACUUUAUCUCUAGUCACUUCCUACCUCAGAUCCUAGAAUCUAGUCGAAAUUCACAUCCAGCUCUUCCCCAAUAUUACCCAGCACUGAGGAGCUUCAGGGUCCCUUACUGAAAAGCCCUGGUGAAAGUCUCACUUCUUACCCUUCCCAGUUCAGCCAUGUCCCCCACCACACCCAAGACUGCUGCCAAAGGGUUUGCGCGCCAGGGAGGGUUAGGCCAUACGUGCUUUGAAGUCAGGCCAGCUAAGUUUUUAAGUCCUGGCUGUGCUACCAGACUGUGAGACCUCAUGACCUCAACUAUUCCAAGCCACAGUUUCCUCAUGUGGGGAAUGGGCAUAAUUGCGCCUCAGAUGUAUGAUUGUGAGACUCCAACAUUGCCCUCAAGUGCCCAGCAUGGUCCCUGACUCAUGAAUGGAAGCCAUUAAGACACUGUUCUCCCACAACCCCUGUCCCUCCCUCUGCUCCAUCCACACCGACCUCCUCCUCGUUCCUCCGGCAUGCCAGGCACAUGCUCAACUCAAGGCCUUUGUGCUGCAUUCUCAACUGUAUCAUCUGCAAACCAGGGCAGUUUUGCUCCUUUCUUUUAAGGCUUUUACCUUUUCUUUCUUUCUUUUUUUCUUUUUUUUUUUUUUGUCUUUUUGCCAUUUUAUUGGGCUGCUCCCACAGCAUAUGGAGGUUCCCAGGCUAGGGGGUCCAAUCAGAGCUGUAGCCACCGGCCUAUGCCAGAGCCACAGCAACGAGGGAUCGGGUAAGGCCAGGGAUCGAACCUGCAACCUGAUGGUUCCUAGUCGGAUUUGUUAACCACUGAGCCACAACGGGAACUCCGCUUUUACCUUUUCUUUCUUUUUCACGUCACACUGCAUUGGCAAGGACGGCUGGUACAGUAGGACACAGACACAGUGAAAGAAGGCAUCUUCAUUCCCAGUCUCAGGGGACAUACUCGGUCUUUUACCAUUACGUUUGGUGUGUGCUGCAGAUAACCUGGAGCCACCCUUAUGAUAUGAGAACAUGUUACCUUCUGUUCCUAGUUUGCUAGAUUUUUAAAAAUCACGAAUGGGUGUUAAAUGUUAUCAAUCUCUCUGCACCUUUUAGGUGAUCUUACAUUUCUCCUUUAACAAGUUAAUGUGAUGAAUUACAUUUUUUUCCCUAUUUUUCUACUGUCAGUCCAGCCUUACAUUCCUGUUCUUAGUCCAAUUUAAUCAUCUUUUUGAUGAUGUCAAAAUCAAAGAUGUGUCAUCUUUUCGAGAAUGCUGGAUGCCAUUUGCUAAUAUUUUGUCUAGGAUUUCAGCACCUAUAUUUCUAAGUGAGAUUGACAUGGGAUUUCCCUUUCUCCGAAUUUCCUUGAGUUUGGGCAUCAAAAUUAGGUUAGAUUCACAAAAUGUCUCAAGGCCCAUGCAUCUGCUGUUUCUUCUGCCUGAAACAUCUUCCGACCAAUAUUUGGCUGGCAUGCCUUCUCACUAAAUGAGAUCAUUCAGAUCUCAGCUUAAAAUCACCUCAUUGAGGCCCUCCCUGGCCUCCCCAUUUAAAAUGACAAACCGGGAGUUCCCUGGUGGCUCAGCAAGUUAAGAUUCUGGCAUUGUAACAGCUGCUCAGGUCACUGCUGUGGUGUGAGUUCAAACCCUGGCCUGGGAACUUCUCUAUGGUGCAGGUGCAGCCAAAAAUAAAUAAAAAUAAGUAAAAUUGCA